AUGGGAAGCAGACCCAGCACGAUGUCGCCACAUUCCUUGCCUGAUAGCUUAACCCAAGAAGGACCGGUUCCAGGGUUCGAUCCUUAUAUGUACACCAGCGGAAGAUGGCUUAAUCGGGAUGAGCUCGAACGAAACUCUCGCCACAUUGUGUUCGACUUCUCAGCCCUUUGUGACAGGACUGUCAGUCUAUGCCCAGGAGCAACCAAGAUCGUCAAAUACGAAAAGAGAGAAGGUGGAUUUAACAGGGUCUUUCUUUUCACAAUGGACACGGGUUCUUGUGUUGUAGCAAGGUUACCAACCAGUAUUGCUGGCCCGCCAAGGUUGACAACCAACUCUGAAGUCGCAACGAUGACAUACUUACAAUCCAAGUUCUCACUUCCGAUACCGAAUGUCCUAGACUGGAACGAUAAUCCGUCAAAUCCAAUCGGCACAGAAUAUAUCAUCCAGGAGCAUGUUGCAGGAGUUCAGCUGCACCAAAUAUGGCCCAAAAUGAACUCAGAACAACAUAUGCUGUGCACUAAGAUGCUUUCAUUGGCGAUGAAAAAUCUGGCGUCCUUGGACUUCCCGGCCUAUGGCAGCCUAUACUUCUCAGAUGGACCGCUAGAAUCACACAUGAAGAUUCCCUUGGAACAGGGCUUCUGCGUUGGUCCAUAUUGCAGUCCAGUUUUCUGGAACCGGAAUCCGGGGGAACUUGAACUCUACGGCGGUCCGAGUCCCAAUUGCGGCCCCUGGAAAGACCUCGCAAGCUAUUGUCUAGGCUUGAUAGAGACCGGUUUCUCUCGUUUACCGAAAGAAGAUAUUGUCAGUCGCGAGUUUCUCCCUCAUCAAGGUUCAAUUCAAGACCACAUCCGUCUUUUGAAAAUAAGCCAGGAAGUGAUGCAGGAGUUGGUUAAAGAUGAGCGCAUUCAGAAUGCUGCUACGCCUGCUCUACUUCACCCUGACUUUCAUAAAAGGAAUAUCUACGUCUCAGCCGAAGAUCCAACCGUUAUUACUGGCCUGCUUGAUUGGCAAUCAACAAGCAUUGAGCCUGCGUUUAUUUAUGCCAAUGAGACUCCAGAUUUUGCUGCACCCCCUGGGGGGCCAGAGGAGAACACAUUUAAGAGCGGACAAGACGAACACAAGGAACAAGAACGGAAAGAUGCGUCUAUCUGUUACCAGACAUACGAUGUGUGCAUGAAGGGCCUUGCUCCUAAAUUACGCCCCGCAAGGUUACUCGAUCCGACUUUAUUUCGACUCUUCCAAUACUGUCAUACAACAUGGAGAGAUAGUGCCACAGCUAUUCGCCAAGAGUUAAUCGAGCUUUCGAUUCGCUGGACAGAACUGGAACUUCAAGGCUCGUGCCCGUUUUCUCCAACUAAAGAAGAAUUGAAGGAGCACGCUCAAGAUUAUGAAGACUUUGAGACCGUCCAAAGACUUAAAUUAUGGCUGAGAAACUCCCUCCAUACGAACUCUGAUGGCUGGGUUCCGAAUGAUGUAUGGGACGCUGCGAAGGAUGCCCAUCGUGCGGCGUAUGACCAAUGGAUACAGACGGCCAGAGAAUCUGAAUCUCGUGGUGAGAAUCUGACGGUAGUAAAAGCUGACAAGUUGUGGCCAUUCGAUGCUAGAUAA